UUUGGCUCUGGAUUGAUUAUAGAUACUAUAAUGUGUUACAUAAUGAUGAGAGUUCUUUAAUUUGCUUUUUGAGUUUUUGCAAGUAGUUUCAAAUUUGUAUUUAUAAUUUGGCUUCUGUUUUGUUUGCAUUUAUAAUGUGUUACAGUCUUUAUAAUUUGUAUUUAUAAUGUGUUACAGUCUUUCUAAUUUUGACUUCUGUUUUGUUUGCAUUUAUUACCCAAAACUUGGAAAUGGUUAAUAUUUUUAGCAAAUUCUCUAUGAGUUUUUUGCUUUUUUCCAAUUGCUAGUUUCUAUUUUUUUCUGUUAAUUUUUUUUUAUUUCAUUAAUUUUUUGCAGUUAUGGGAAUACUACUUUAAGCCUGAAGAUAAAUUGAUUGGGAAGAUUACUUUUUAUCCUAAUUCGAAAGUAGAUUUUAUUGAGGUCAUUAAGAAGAAAUUAACCUCAGAACAACUUGUUCUUUUUAGGGAAACAUGUUUUGGUCAUUUUCUAGAUAUGUCAACAGUUUCGAUGCAAGCUCAAUUGAUUCAUGCAUCAUUGUAUAGGGAAGUACAUCAAAAUAAUGAGCGUGAGAUUUGGUUUAGGUUUGGCAAUGACACUGUUAGAUUUAGUGUUGCUGAAUUUGGUCUUAUUUCUGGUUUAAAAUGCACUGGUGACAGGGAUUAUUCCAAGUAUGUUAACAAUACUAAUGAGUUUGCUGAGAGAUAUUUUUAUGACCAAACUGUUACAUAUGGUGGGGUUGAGAGUAGAUUCUUGUUUAGUAAUUUUAAGGAUGAUGGUUUUGCUGUAAAAAUGGUUGUUUUCUACUUUGUAACUAAUUGCUUGCUUAGUAGGGGAGAAGAUAAAAAAGUUCAUGUUGGGUUGUUAAAUUUGAUAGGUUCUGGGGAGUUUAAUUUAUACCUUGGGGGAAAUUAUCUUAUGAUUACACCUUUCAUGGGUUGAGGGUUGGGCUGAAGUCAAAACAGAUGGAAAAGAAGAGGGAUUUAGAUAUUAAAGAGAAAGGUGUUAGGCAAUACCGAAUGGGGGGCUUUCCAUUUGCUUAUCAAGUUUGGUUGUAUGAAGUACUUCCAAUUUUAAUUCAUACCCUUGGGGGAAAUUAUAUCUUACGAUUACACCUUUCAUGGGUUGAGGGUUGGGCUGAAGUCUAAACAGAUGCAAAAGAAGAGGGAUUUAAAUAUUAAAGAGAAAGCUGUUAGGCAAUAUCGAAUGGAGGGCUUUCCAUUUGCUUAUCAAGUUGGGUUGUAUGAAGUACUUCCAAUUUUAAAGAGGGAGGACAUUUUUUCGUAUGAUCCUGCUCCAACUUUCAGAAUUUGUAGGUGGACUAGUAGUUCUUCGCCAAAUUCAAAUAAACUUGAGAAAAAAGUGUUUUCAUCGUCUAAGCUGAAAGCUGUACCAAUGGAACCAACUGAUGCAGAGAAAGAUUUGUUGGAUCUUUCUGAGUUUGAGUGGUAUGGUUUGAGUGUUUCUGAUGAUGAUUUUGUGGGACCAGCCAUGCCCAAGAAGGUGGUUAAAGGACAAACUUCUGGUGUUCAAAAUAUGUCUGAGAAGGUUGCCAAGGAUGUGCUGGAAGGUGUUUCCAAUAGUAUUUUGAAGGACAUGAAAGAUUCUUUAGCUGUAAUUUUAGAUCAUCAGAAGACUACUAUUGAUGCUUGGUUAUUAGAGUUUAAGAAGACUAUUGAGGAGAAGUUUUUGGAGUUUGAGAAAUCUAUAAAGUCUUACAUUGACUGUAAGAUUGAAGAUGGAUUGAAAGUUCAUUUGGAUAUGAGAUUUGAGGUUUUGAAGAAUCUUAUUGUUGGUAGAAGUGAGAGUGUGGCUUAUGAUGAUUUUAGUGGAGAUGAUACUGAUGAAGACUUUGAUCUUGAGACCAAAAAUGAUGAGAAUGUUAUUAUUUGAUUCUUUGUUAUAUGUUUUAUGUUUAACAAAAAUUAUCUAUUUUUUUUAUUUAUUCUGAAACCUUGUUUUGUAGGUUAAAGAGCAAUACACAGCAGUGACUGAAAAUAUUGUUGUUCAGAGUGAAAAUGUGGAUGCAAAUAGUGACGUAGCGAGUGAAGUUGUUGGUGGUGAAAAUAAUAUUUUAGAGAAGGUAUAUUAGUGUUUAUUAUUUGUUUUUGUUUAUGUUUUUUAUUUGCUUGUUUUUUGCAUUUUAAGUUCUAUGCUUCCAUUUUUGUUUUUCAUUUUUUUAUGGUGGAAAUAUGGAUUCUGUUGUUAAUGUUGAUGAAAGUGGUGGAAGUUUUGGUGGUGAUAGUAGUGUAAUUGAGAAGGUAUAUAUAUAU